AUGACAAAACUUUUGUGCCUUACUGCCCUGAUCUUCCCCAUUAUCCUUUGCCUCACAACAUCCGCCGCCGGCAGCGCGUCUGACACACUCGACAGCAGCAACAACAUCACCGACGGUGCAACGCUGGUCUCGGCCGGCGGGUCCUUCACCCUUGGUUUCUUCUCCCCGACCGGGGUGCCAACCAAGAGAUACCUCGGGAUCUGGUUCACCGCGUCGCCGGAGGCCAUCUGUUGGGUGGCCAACCGUGAAACGUUCCUCAGCAACACCUCAGGAGUUGGAGUACUGGUCAUCGGCAGCACCGGGAGCCUUCGCCUUCUCGACGGUUCUGGCCGCACAGCAUGGUCUGCCAACACGACGAGUUCUUCUGCUCCUGUCGUGGCGCAGGCGCGGCUGCUUGAGUCUGGCAACCUAGUGGUGCAAGACCAGAGCGGCGGCGACGUGCUUUGGCAGUCAUUCGACCACCCGUCGAACACCUUGCUCGCCGGCAUGAGAUUCGGUAAGGACCCGCAGACCGGCGCCGAGUGGUUCCUCACGUCGUGGCGUGCGUCGAACGACCCAACGCCGGGGGACUACCGUCGCGUGCUGGACACCAGGGGCCUCCUGGACUCCGUCUCGUGGAAAGGCAACGCCAAGAAGUACCGAACCGGCCCCUGGAACGGGCUGUGGUUCAGUGGCAUCCCGGAGACGGCGUCGUACAAGGAGAUGUACUCCGCUCAGGUCGUCGUCCGGCCCGACGAGAUUGCAUACAUCUUCAACGCCUCGGCCGGCGCGCCCUUCUGCCGCCUUGUACUGAAUGAGGUCGGCGUGGUGCAGCAGCUGGGGUGGGACCCGGUCAGCCGGGUGUGGAACGUCUUCACGCAGGCGCCGAGGGACGUCUGCGACGACUACGCCAAGUGCGGCGCGUUCGGCCUGUGCAACGUGAACACGGCGUCCACGCUGUUCUGCGGCUGCGUCGUGGGGUUCAGCCCCGUGAACCCUUCGCAGUGGUCCAUGAGGGAGACCCGUGGCGGAUGCCGGAGGAACGUGCCGCUGGAGUGUGGCAACAGGACGACGACGGACGGGUUCAAGACGGUGCGGGCGGUGAAGCUCCCCGACACGUACAACGCUACGGUGGACAUGGGCGCGACGCUGGAGCAGUGCAGGGCGAGGUGUCUCGCCAACUGCUCGUGCGUGGCCUAUGCUGCCGCCGACAUCCGAGGAGGCGGUGAUGGCACUGGCUGCGUCAUGUGGAAGGAUAACAUUGUUGAUGUCCGGUACGUAGACAAGGGGCAGGAUCUCUACCUGAGGUUGGCCAAGUCUGAAUUAGUUGAGAAGAAGAAGAGGAAUGUGGUACUAAUAAUCUUGCCACCAGUUACGGCAUGUCUGCUUGCGCUCAUGGGGAUGUUCCUUGUUUGGAUAUGGCGCAAGCGCAAGCUUAGAGGCAAACGUCGAAACAUGGAUAUACAGAAGAAGAUGAUGGCUGGGCACUUGGAUGAGACAAAUACACUUGGUGAUGAAAAUCUCGACCUUCCAUUUUUUAGCUUUGGAGAUAUUGUUUCUGCAACAAAUAAUUUUGCUGAAGACAAUCUGCUCGGACAAGGAGGCUUCGGGAAAGUUUAUAAGGGUAUUGUGGGCGAAAACAGAGAGGUUGCAAUCAAAAGGCUCAGUCAGGGCUCUGGACAAGGCAUAGAGGAAUUUAGAAAUGAAGUAGUUCUAAUUGCCAAAUUGCAGCACAGAAACCUUGUUAGGCUCCUUGGUUGCUGCAUUCAUGGAGAUGAGAAGUUGCUAAUUUACGAAUAUUUACCAAACAAAAGCUUGGAUUGCUUCAUUUUCGAUGCUGCAAGUAAGUAUCUCCUUGAUUGGCCAACACGUUUCAAGAUAAUCAAAGGAGUAUCUAGAGGGCUUCUUUAUCUCCACCAGGAUUCAAGGUUGACUAUAAUUCACAGAGAUCUUAAAACAAGCAACAUACUGUUGGACACGGAUAUGAGCCCGAAGAUAUCAGAUUUUGGUAUGGCAAGAAUCUUUGGUGGAAACCAGCAUGCGGCAAAUACUAAUCGUGUUGUUGGGACAUAUGGUUACAUGUCUCCUGAAUAUGCAAUGGAUGGCGCGUUUUCUGUCAAGUCAGAUACAUAUAGUUUCGGAGUCAUAGUCUUGGAGAUUAUAAGUGGCUUGAAGAUCAGUUUAACUCACUGCAAGGGCUUCCCUAACCUACUGGCUUAUGCAUGGAGCUUAUGGAUAAACGACAGAGCGACAGAUCUUGUGGACUCAUCCGUGGCUCAGCGUUGUUCCUACAGUGAAGCUUUACGGUGUAUCCAGAUAGGACUAUUGUGUGUGCAAGACAAUCCAGAUAGUAGGCCACUUAUAUCGUCGGUGGUGACCAUGCUUGAGAAUGAAACCACACCAGUUCCGAGUAGCUUGAUGUUAGGGGCUAAUUAUUGGGCCUUAUGGGCCAUGGACUGA